UAUGGUAUAUAGCCCAAAAUGCGUGCUAGAUAGACUGCUAAUCUAGUAAAUUCGACUUAAUAAAAUAAAUAAUUUGAACUAGUCAGUAGUAUAAAAAAAAGAAUCAUGAGUGAAGCGGACUUGCCGACGAAUGAUGUGAAAAUCAAGCCCUUUUUAAUAGGAGUCGCAGGAGGCACUGCUAGUGGAAAGAGCACUGUUUGUAAAAGAAUUAUGGAAAGAUUAGGACAAGUAGACAUGGACCAAAAAACCAGGCAGGUAGUUAGCAUUUCUCAAGACAGUUUCUAUCGAGAACUGAGUCCUUCUGAAAUUAGCAAAGCAGAGAAAGGCCAGUUUAAUUUCGACCAUCCCGAUGCUUUUAACCAAGCCUUGAUGUACGAUACUUUAAAGGAUAUUUUAAAUGGCAAAAUUGUGCAAAUACCUGCAUACGAUUACAGAAAUAACUCUGUAAGUAAAAAUGAAAUUCUCACGAUAUAUCCUGCGGAUGUUGUGCUAUUCGAAGGAAUCCUAGUAUUUUACUUUCCGGAUGUUAGGAAUUUGUUCCAUAUGAAGUUAUUCGUAGAUACUGAUUCCGAUACUAGAUUAGCUAGAAGAGUUCCUCGAGAUAUAAACGAAAGGGGUAGAGAUCUGGAUCAGGUCUUGAAUCAGUACAUGAAUUUUGUGAAACCAGCUUUUGAAGAAUUUUGUUCUCCUACGAAACAAUUUGCCGAUGUUGUCAUCCCUAGGGGCGCUGAUAAUUCUGUGGCUAUAGAACUUAUUGUACAGCACAUCCGUGACAUUCUUGACGUGGGCAAGCGACCCUUGAAUAGGGGACAGCGCAUUUCACCACCGAAAUUAGUCAGCACGCCCGACAGCUCUCCUUCGAAGAAGAUUGGAGACCAUUUAUUUAAGAGACCGCAUUGAUUAGACGAGCUUCAUGAAUAAGAUAUUAGCCUUAUUGAGUACUUAUUGACCCAUUUUAUUUACUGGUUUCAAAUGGGCAAUUACCUGUUGUAAGUUUAUCAUGGGAUUUUGUUUUCUGUGGAAAUCAUUUCGCUUUAUUUCACGAAUUAUUCUAGUUGGAAUGUCGAAUAAUUUGUUACGGGGCAUCUCUCUAAUCGAAAACAAGUAGAAAUUGGCGGAUAUUCCAAUUUUUCGAAAGAAAAAUUUGUACUUAACAAUUGCAUAUCAUAUCCACUAAUAAAAAGCAAUACUUUCUGAUAUUGAAAUACAGGGUGUCCCGCGUAAUAACCGACACAGGAAAGUGGUAGUCCAAAAUAUGCUGUUUAACCCAGCUUAACUUAAUACAAAGUUACAUUCCUGAGAAGUUAUAUGCCUUCAAAGUGGAGUUACAAAUUAAAAAAAUAUCUGAGUAAUACUCAAACUUAAAACAACUAAAUUUAGUAUAAUUCAUAAAUACUUUGUAGCAUUAAUCGAUAGGAGAGGUCAAUUGAUCAAUUUU